AUGAACAGCGAUACCAAUACUGUAGCCCUUUGCUCCCUCCCUGACAACACAGUCCAACAUUGCCAGGAGGUUUUUGGAUAUGAUCCAAAGCCAGCGCAGCUUAGGGUAGUGGACAAGAUCGGCAAGCGCGAAGAUUGCGUCCUUAUUGCUGGAAUAUCCAGCAUUAAUCUCAAGGGUGGGAUGAAGAUCCCUUUCGACGACCUGGUGAAGGGGGUCUUCCGGGCUGUUUUUAUGUCUCCCGAGAUUGCGCUUCAGAGUCCCGUAGGUCUUUGGAUUCAACCCGAAUGGAGAAAGCGGUUGCGAGCAGUCGUUGUGGAUGAAGCCCACUGUGUUGGGGCUUGGGGCCUAGAAUUCAGGAAGCAAUAUGGACUUCUCCGACAAUUGCGUUCCAAGAUCGCCCGGACAACAUAUUUUCUUGCGAUCUCGGCCACUUUACCGCCCGCCCUUCUUUCGGCAGUCAUCAGCACGCUGUAUUUCAAGAACAUUGAGGUCGUCAACAUUGGCAAUGGCAGGACCAACGUCAAGUAUAACGUCGCGUUUCAGCGUUUCAAGGAGACGACCUUUGGGGAUCUCCGUUUUCUGAAGGAUGGGGUCAAGACGAUUGUUUAUUUUCAAUCGAUUAAUGACGCUGAGGCUGCUUCUAGGCGCCUCAGAAGGUUCAUGGACGCGAACAGGGUCGCCGUCUACUAUCCGAUGAUGUCGGAUGAGCUAAAGGUCAGGCGCAUGAACGAUUUCAAGGUUAACCACACAUGUGUAUUGCUGUCGACGGAGGCUGCAGGAAUGGGAUGUGAUAUCAGUGACGUUGUCCGCGUCGUCCAAUACGGAUAUCCCAACAACAUCUCGACCCUUGUUCAACGACUUGGUCAAGCGGCGCGCGAUUCGCACAUUUCUGGAUCCGGGAUUCUUCUUGUGCCACGACGUGAUAUCCAUUCGAUUGAGCCGGCACUCAAAAAAUAUGUCACCUCGACCACCUGUCGACGCAGAUACCUGAAUUCAUAUUUCAACAACCAACACCAGGAUGUAGGCAACUGUUGCGACAUAUGUAACCCCGAUCUUAUCGUGGAAACGGGAAUUGCGGAGGCCAGUAAAAUUAGGAAAGAUCGGCCACCACCACGGACAGGGGCAGAGAAGGCUCGUGCAUUGGAGGUGAUCAAGACUUGGAGGCGUGACGCUUUCAAUCUCUUCUACAGGAAUCGCUGCAUGCUACUGGGCGCGGGCAGUGUGAUGUCUGAUUCAGUGAUGGACAAGCUAGCAACCUCAAGCGCCGCUGUCGUCAAGAUAACGAGUCUCCCUGAGGUCAUCCGUUGGGAGCCACUGAGGCCUAUAAUCGCACGAUGCUCAGCAUCAGGCUCAUGGAGCUGAACAUGACAAUCGCAUCUGAAAGGUCGCAGUUUAACCCAGGACAGAGAAAGAUAAACUUCAGACAAGGUUUGCCAAAUACAAUACCGCAGAUACCAGCACCAGCUGGAGCACAGAGCAGGAUAGACCUCAUACAAGACUUGCCAAACACAGCGGUGCAGAUACUAGCACAAACACCAUCAACAGCCAGAGCACAGAGAAUCAUAGAACUCAAAUUAUACAUACUAGAGCUCAGACGACUGCUACCGAAAAAUUAUGAAGAUAUAAUGCUGCAGAUACCAGCACCAGUAUCAACAUCACAGCAACAGCAACAGCAACAGCAACAGGAGCAGGAACUGCAACAGGAACUGC